AUGGACAAAAAAUCUUUGAACCGAUUAUCUCAGCCACAGUCGAAGGCAACAGCCAUCGACUGUAAAAAAACCUCUGCUGUAGAAUUGACCCAGAAGCCUUGGUCUCGAAAUAAUAAUAAGAAACGUGAUGGACCCAGUACUGCUCCUAAGAAUGAGCCAUUUCGAAAAAAUGGACUGGUUCACAGUGCCAGGACUCAGGUUGAAAAAAGACCACGCACUCGCAGCACAGUCGAUUUGUCUGUGGGUGGAACUACGAACUCCAGGAUAGGAAAUGAUGAUGAGCCAGAAAUUGGCUCAGUGUUUGUGCCUGGAAGCAAGAAGCAAAACUUCAAUCAUUUGAAAAACUUCACGUAUCACAGUGGUGGGACACCUGAACGCCGAGGUCAGCAGUCACGCCGCAAGCAGCAGCAGCAGAAGAAAAGGCAACAACACCAGGUGCCUCAUCGUCAUGAAAAUGAUCUUCAUUUAAUUGCUAAUUACCAGUUUGUGGUCAAGGAAGAUGGAGAUUAUAAAUCAAUUUUGAUUGAUCCCAAGACGCCCAUUAAGUGGUGGGAGCAAAUUGAACAAAUUGUUGUAAGAGGGACAGGCAAGACAGAGUGUCCCAUAUGUUUAAGUCCACCAACAGCAGGUCGUGUAGGCAAGUGCGGUCAUGUAUAUUGCUGGGCCUGUAUUCUACACUAUGCUGCAACUCGUGAGACACGGCUUCCACCAUGUCCUGUCUGUAUUCAGACAGCUUUACAUGUCAAGGUUAUGAAACCAAUUAGGAUUGUGCAAUGGAAUUCACCUGCAGAGGAGGUAACAAUGCGGCUUGUGCGUCGCCUACGGGAUUCGAACACUGUAGAAGUGGCGCCCCCGCGCGGAUUCUUAACAGAGGCUGCUGAUCCUAUCCUACCUUUAUCCAAUAUCGAUGUGGCGCCGUAUUGUAAACUUUUUUCAGCUACAAAGCAACAGGUCCAUGAUAUUAUACAAAGAGAAAGAGAUGAAAUAAAGCAACGAAUAUUGGCAGAAAUUGACACAACUGAAAUAGUGUUCUUAGAACAAGCAUUAGAAAUGCUAAGACUUAAGGAAGAACACAUUAAUAUGGAAUGGGAUAAACCAAAGGUAGUUGAAGAAAAAACUGAAGAAGUUCCUAUUGUUUAUGAAAAGCAGGAAAUUAACCAGAACAAAUUAGAUUGGUUUGAUGUCAAUGAGGAAGGAGCAGCAUGUGUUGAAGUUGUCCAAAACCAAAUGGAUGAACUAUAUCUUAGCGGUGACUAUGUCACUGAGGAAGGAGCUGCAUGUGUUGAAGUUGUCCAAAACCAAAUGGAUGAACUAAAUCUUAGUGGUGACAGUUUUCCUGAUUCUAAUUUAAAUCCAGAGGCACCACUAUUUGAAGUAGAUGGUAUGCCACAAGAAGAAACUCCUUUAACUGAAAUUCAACCUCCAGUAUCUGAACAAGCUACUGAUGUUACCAUCACAGAAAUUGACAUACUUAAUCAAGACAAAUACUUUUAUUUCUAUCAAUCUGAUGACGGCCAACACAUAUUCUUGCACAGUUUAAAUAUUCGCGUUUUGAAAGACUCUUGGGGUAUUUUGGCAGCGGCACCAGAAAUAAUUACUGGACGAGUACUUCAUCGCGAGAGUUUUUCAGUCCGUGAAGGAACCACAAAGCCCUGCACAACUCACUUGCCACUAAAUUGCUCCUAUGAUAUUGUCGAAUUAGACUUGCAACCACCAUAUGUCACGGAUGCAGCAUUGCAGACACACACAGAGGAGAUAGAGCGUCGCGCAAGGAUUCGAGCACGUCAUGAUCGCAACGAUCGACGUCGUGAACGGGCUUAUAAACGUGCUAUGGAGGGUCCACCAAAACCGGAUUUUUCUUCUGAAGUGUUGUUCCCACCUGCACCACCCUCAUAUUCAAGUCCAUCUGUGGACCCUGUUUUUAUGUCCACAUUUGAAAUGUCCAGCCCGUCCACGAGCGUCGGCUCGCCAUCUUCUGGACCUUCAUUUGCCAAGAUUGCUAGUACUAGUGGUACAUGGCGUGUUCGUGAAAAGCCAGCCGAGACACCUCCAGUGGCUGUUGAAGAAGAAAUAUCUGCGCCGCGCGUUCACGUCCUCAAUGACGCCUUAGAGGCUGCCCUGCGCGCCGCACCCUCUCCUUCUGGCAAGAAAAAUAAAAAAACGAAACAAAAGCUUCUGUUCUCCACUGGCAUGCAACGUGCUGCUUAA